AAUUCUGAUGUGUACAAGAGUAAAUGGUUUUGCUAUAACAACAUGCUAUUUCUCCAGGAUCGAAAUACACCUAACGAAACGACGGACACAAUCACGCAGGACGAGCAUACAAAUAAAGAUGGAGAUACUGCAAACCAAUCGCAAACUGUCAACCAGGACCAAGUUGCUGGACCAAGUGGAGAAACGCCUCGAAAACGUGUAAGUUUGCCAAAGGAACAGUCUGAUCGGCCAGGCGGAGGCCCACAAAAGAAAAAAAAGACUACAGCUACAGAAGAAGCUCUGUCAAUUAUGAGAAGUAUCCAAGGUCGGCAUAAAGGUAUGGAUCAGUUCAAAUCUUUUGGAGAGCAAGUAGGACUGCGUAUUAAAGACCUCCCAUCAUCAAAUGCUCAGAAAAUUGCAAAACACCUUAUUAGUAAUAUUCUGUUUGAAGCAGAAAUGGGCAAGUACGACUAUGGCAACCCAAUCGGCGGAAGUUACUCACAGCCAUUCUACCCAACACCGAACUACGUACAACAACACGAUUUCUGUCCCGAUGCCACCAGCUUGUCCCAAUCCAAACCCAUGUAG